AUGAGUAAGUUGAAGGUAUUGAACAAGUAUCUAGAUGGGAUCAAAAGUUAUGAGCUGAAAAGUCUUGGACUCAUGUUGGGUUCAAUUCAAACAGGCACUAAAAAGCAGUUGAAAGAAGGUCUGAAUGAACAAAUGGUCAAGCUAAACACUUUGCUUAAGCUUAAGGACUCCAAGAGUGGAUUAAAAGUUAUGGGUAUUGAUUUGGGGAUUGCAAAUUUUGCAUUCACUACCUUUCAUUGGGAUAAAGGAAUGGAAAGACCGAUGUUGAAAGAGAUGUACAAGGUCCAAUUGGCAGGUGAUUUCGUGAAUUUGAACGAAGGUGAGAUCACACCACCAUUACGUCCGGAGGUAAUGGCAACAUUGGGUCUAAAUUUAGCUAAUUGGCUUACGCGGUUUAGCUGUAAUGCCUAUUUCAUCGAAAGGCAGAGAUCAAGAAGUGCAUCUUCUUCUACAAUCUUAGAGAAUAUUCUCAAAGUAAUGAUAUUGGAGUACGUGCUUUAUUCUAACUUACAAAAUAGAAUUGUUAGUGAAUCGUUACCUAUCCAUCUUUUUCCAUCGCUUCCGAAGCGUAUGGUUGAUUUUACAUGUUCAGGCAUCCCAAUUGAAGAGCUAAUCAAGGCUCAUUCAAUCCAGAAAAGAGAAAAGUCUAAGUCAAAACUAAAUCCUACGUCUAAUGUCCUAUCUAAGAAGGUACGAAUAGCAUUGUGUAGAUCGCUAAUAUAUGAUCAAAUAUCUGGCAAAGAGAGACAAUUUUUCAAGUUCGAUUUGGAUCCUGAUUUCAAAGAGAUUUUGGAUGGUUACGAAGGUGAUAAAUCAUCAGUCAAUUUCUAUGAAAUCUCAAAGGGUUCUGCGAUGGAUCUUGACUUUCGACAAAGGAACAAAAACGAUGAUCUAUGUGAUUCGUUAUUGCAUGGUUUUGUAUGGUUGGAAUGGCUUGCCAAUUACAACACAUUGUUGAAAUUUGUAGAUAAACAUGCAAAUUAUACUACCGCUAGCCAAGAUCAAUUCCAACAAUUAAUCAAGGAUUUCGUUACAUCCCAUGAUUCUUUCAUGUCAAAUGUAAUAAAAUCAAUUUGA